GUUCGCUCCAGCGAGCUUUCGACUAAUCCUUCAACCAUGGGCGUCAACCUCGGAUCCCUCACCGUCGCAGCGGCCGACGCCACCGCCUCGGACACGCCUGUCGUCGAGGAAGAGGAGUUCUACUCCUCCUGGUCCCUCUUCCUCGUCUGCCUCCUUCUCAUUAUCUCCCUGUGGACGUCGUAUUAUCUGCAGAUCAAGCGCAUAAAGACGAUACAUGAGACACUGGUCUCGAUCUUUGCGGGCAUGUUCGUCGGGCUGGUGGUUAGGCUCGCGCCCGGGACGGAGAUUCGCGAGAUGCUGACAUUCAAGCAUACACUCUUCUUCAACCUCCUCCUGCCGCCUAUCAUCCUCAACUCAGGAUAUGAACUCAAACAGGAAAACUUCUUCCGCAACUUCGGGUCCAUCCUCACCUUCGCCUUCCUCGGGACCUUCAUCUCCGCCGUCGGCGUUGGUGUGUUGGUCUACGUUUAUUCGUUCCUCGGCCUCGAAUCGCUUGACGUGACGCUCCUCGAAUGUCUCAUCUUUGGCUCGACGCUCUCGGCGACGGACCCGGUCACGAUUCUCGCCAUCUUCAACCAGUACAAGGUCGAUCCGAAGCUGUACUCGAUUAUAUUUGGAGAGAGCUUGUUGAACGAUGCGGUCAGUAUCGUCAUGUAUGAGACGCUUACCCAGUUCCAUGGGACGGAGAUAUUUGUCUCGUCGAUAUUCCAUGGUAUCGGCAUCUUCUUGCUCAACUUCAGCGUCUCCAUGGCGCUCGGCGUCUGCUUCGGCCUCGCGAUGUCCCUGACACUUAAGCACUCGUCGCUCAGUCAGUACCCUGCGAUCGAGUCCUGUCUCGUUGCACUCUCCGCCUACACGUGCUACUUCUUCUCAAACGGGCUGUCCAUGUCCGGAAUCGUCUCGCUGCUUUUCUGCGGCAUCACGCUCAAGCACUACGCGUACCACACCAUGUCGCUCAAGACGCAGCGCACGACCAAGUACAUCUUCUCGACGCUCGCGCAGCUCUCGGAGAACUUCAUCUUCAUCUACCUCGGUCUCUCGCUCUUCACCGCGCCGCCCGCGGGCGAGCGCAUGACGCACUACGUGAAGCCGCUGUUCAUCAUCGUGACGACGGUCGCGGUCGUGUUCACGCGCUACGCGGCCGUGUUCCCGCUGAGCGAGGCGAUCAACUUCUUCCUGAAGCACGCGCGCGGGCAGCGCAGCGAGGAGCUCCCGCACUCGUACCAGAUGAUGCUCUUCUGGGCGGGCCUCCGCGGCGCGGUUGGCGUCGCGCUCGCGGCGGGGUUCAAGGGCGACAGCGCGCCGACGCUGCGCAUGACGGUGCUCGUCGUGGUGGUGCUCACGGUCAUUGUGUUUGGCGGGACGACGGCGCGCAUGCUUGAGGUGCUUGGGAUCCGGACGGGCGUGGAGGACGAGGCGGCGAGCGACGACGAUGACGACGAGAUGGGCCGCCCGUGGUACACGCGGCGCUCGGGCGUCUCGUGGGUCGCUACAGGGAGGAAUAGCAAUGGUGGGUUUGUGGAUGAGGGUGCGCGAUCGCCGGGGUAUGUGGGCCGGAGCAGCGGCGGUCAUGGCGGACGCAUUGGACAGCACUAUGGCGGUGGGCGGUCGUCCACUGCGCUUCGCUCGCCCGGCGUAGUGGCGACGGCAGGAGGAGGCAACACGGUGUUCUCGGCUGCGUCGUCUGACUCAUACGAGUCGGACGGGGAGACGCUCCCCAUGGCACCGACCGCUGCCGCCGCCGCUACAGCCGCCGCCGCCGGUGUGGUGGGCGACGGCGCGGGCGACUUAGAGCAGGGAGACGGGCGGAGGCUGGGCAGAGUUACGAGCGAGGACGGCAAGUGGUUCCAGGCGCUGGACGAGCGGUACCUCCUCCCGCUGUUCUCGAACGCCACGGCGAGCCGGACGUUCCACGCGCGCCGGGCGCGGCGCAGUGCGAAUGCGAGCGGGUCGGGCAACGGCGGGUCGGGCGCGGCGAGCGGGGUGGGCACGCCGAUGGACAGCGAGGACGAGGGCGAGGAGGUGGAGCUGGGUGUGUCUGGGGCUGCGGUGCUUCCGACGGGCGAGAGCACGGGGAGGAGGAGCGGGACGACGACGCCGAGGCAUGCUGCGUCGCCGUCGUUGGAUGCGGGGAGCUAUGGGCUGUCGGGGGCACCGCCAAGGGAGAACGGGCAGGGGCGGAUUUCGUGAUUGGUGUGAAUGGUUUCGUCGUUGGCUGGCAGGUAGUUAUCUGCACGCUUGGUCGUGGUUUCUCGGUUUUGCUUUUGUUUUCUUGCUGGAGUUAUAUAAUACUCGUAGAGGAUCGAAUGCUAUAUCAUGUAGAUAGAGGGUGUUCUGUGCCCGAACAUACGAUCUGC